AUGGCUCGUAAGCAUAAGAAGCGGCGAAACGAGGCGAGUUGCUGUUGUGUUGGCCGAGUUACGGAGGAGGAAGCGGAGGAGGAGGAGGAGGAAAACGAGAACGAGAAGAGGAGACAUUUCGCGAGCAUAUGCUGCCGCCGUUCGCCGUUGUUUAUGCUGCCGCCAGUGGCACCUACCCACGAUGACGACGAAGCGACUACGAGGCAGUCGUCUGCUCGACGAGCUCCUGAUCCCUGCUUUGCUGUGCGCGAUCGCGUAUCACCCGGACCACCGCCGUCGACGAGGAAGCAUCCGAAGGGCUACAGCUGGUGGGAGUAA